AUGACGAAAUCCACCAAAGGGAACCUCCACGUUGUUGAAGAGAUUUACAAUCAAAUACCAGCAUUUACGGAUGUAUUCUCAGAAGAUACAUUCUAUAUGUUUGUGGUUAUAUUUGUAUCCUGUACAAUAAUGGUUGCUUUUAUUUUAUCUAGAUUUAUUACAAUAAAACCUGUAGAAUAGUUGUAAAAUGAGGAAAUAAAAUUUUAAAUGUG